GUAAAAACAGGCUCUGUGGUGCAAGUUGUGGCUAAUUAUAGUUGUAAAUUACAUAACGCGAAUAUAUAUGAAUAUUACUGAGGGGUACACAAUCAAACAGCGAUCGGGGGACGCUGUAUAACACUCGGAUUCCAGGUGAAGGAUAUAAUACAGGUGUGUGAGUCAAUGUGACUGAUACAAUUCCAAAGAUGUUGUGAUAAAAAGAAGCGUUUCUUGAGAUGAGUGUUGAUUCGCCAAAGGAUAUAAUGAAGUGUAUUACAUAAAUCCAGCUAGUGUUGCAGGAUUUAUUCAAAGACUUCAUUACAAAAUAAAAUUCGUACAGCAACAAAAGUCUAAUGUCAUUGUUAAUGACCAAAGGGUUUUGUAAUUGUGCGAAACAAAUCGCGCUAAUGGCGGUUGUGAAUCUAGUUAAUGCAUUGUCGUCAUCACAGUUGCGAUAAAAAUAACAAGAGUGUUUCAAUAAGGAACAACAGAGACGGAGGAUAUUGAAGGCAGUAAUGCAACAGAGAAGUUGAAGAUAAAAAAAAACAACGCUCAUGGCCGCCGGGAACAAACGAUCACUUCGGCCAGCAGCAGUGGCUCUUCAAGUUGUCGUCCUUGGAAUUGCCAUAGUGCUAGUAUGCGGGCGACGGCGGGCAGGUGGCGCGACCGGCGACGAUGGAGAGAACAUACCUUUUCUGAAGGUAACAGAUCCGGAUACAAUGGAAUACAGGGUAGAUAAUGGAACCAACGUCACGAUCACGUGUACGGGCAGGAACCUAGGCAGCGAUUACAAGGUUGGUUGGUCCGUUAAGACACGAGUUGGACUAAAGACCAUCACCAGUGCGGCGGAGAAAACGCCGUACGAUCCGAACAAGUAUCUUGUGUCCAGUUCUUUAUCCAGUGACGGAGACAAGUUUCUAUUGACUGUGACGUCCGUCACACAGGAAGACACUGGCAUGUACAUGUGCUCAACAUUCCACGGCGGCCGUAUGCUAGAAGGCGCGGUCAAAGUUGUGAUAGAAGAUAUUCCAUUCCUGGAAAUGUCUCCUCACAAGUUAUCGGCUCUUAUCGGCAACGAUACGAGUCUUUCGUGUGGGGCUAUAGCCGUACCACCGAUCCAGAAAAUUGUCUGGAAAAGGAACAACGAGAUAAUCACGAACGGCACAGACGACAGAUUUUUCAUUUCUAAUCGCGGCAUUGCUGUGAUUGUGAGCAGGCUGCUGAUCUUAAAUGUGACAAGUAAUGAUGAGACCAUCUACACGUGUGUCUUCACCAACGACAAGGGGUCCUCUAGCAAAAAUGUGUCACUGCAAACGUUGACAAAUAUUUCAAUGGAGAACUUCCCAUCAAGCGAUAUGAGCGGUGGUAAAACGGCUAAGAUCAUUGAGCCGAGUCCGUAUUUCUCCAACGUUGUUGUACAGGGGACACUCCGAGUCACGUGUCUCGUCACAGGAUUUCCUCAUCAGCCCAUGAAGAUGAACUGGAUUAUCCUAAGUUUCGUAGGAAAUCAUGUAUUACGCAUUCAAGAUUCCGAAGAGAGACGAUAUGAUGGCGUCACAAUCUCCACCUACGUCAUGGAGAACUCGACCGGGUUUUAUUACAAUCUCAUGUACAAUCCGGUCAUGUACAACAACACCGGAAGUUACACAUGUGAAGUUCCGCAUCACAACGGCGUCAGUAAGGACAGCAUCAACAUAACUGUAACAGGAACGCCCGUUGUUGUGGCGCCCAAGUUAUCGACAUAUGGACUUCUCGAACAGGAGCUUGUGCUAAAAUGCUCGAUCUUUGCUACUCCCGCCCCUACGCUUGUGCUGUGGUAUUUCGAGGACAAGUUGCUUUCUGCAUCAUCAAGGAUAAGUCAUAGCCUGACCAGUGUUAAUUCUGUAGAGAAAAACGCCACUCUGACGAUUCACUCGCUCACAAUGAAUGACUUCGGCACGUACACGUGUAAAGCCUACAACAGCAAAGGAUAUGGAAUGGCGGUACAGGUCAUACAAGAUGUUGACGAGUGUAGCUUUGAUCACGGGUGUGAUCACGACUGUAUCAAUGGGUUAGGGACACACACGUGUACAUGUGGUAAUGGAUACAAACUAAAUGCUGACGGUCAAACGUGUGAAGACGUGAACGAGUGUCAGCUGACAGAGAAGGUAGCUUGUGAACAGGAGUGUACGAACUAUAACGGCUCGUUCGUCUGUUCCUGUCACCCAGGCUGGGUCCUAGACGACAAUGAUAAAACCUGUACUAACAUGAACGAUGAAUCCGGUGAAGGUGACGACGAAGCGAUAGAAGCGGAGGAGAUUUACUCGAUCAUUGGAGCCACGUCCGGCGCGUUGUUAAUCAUCAUACUGCUUAUUCUGUGUGUCGUGUGGUGUCGACGGAGGAAAGAGGAGGAGGAAAUGCCAAUGAAAGCCGUGUAUUCUGUCAACACUGGGUACAGUGGAUCAAGCACCGACAUGAGCAUGACAAAGUACCACUCAACCAAUACGAAGGAUACGAAAAUAACUCCUGCUGACGAGUUCCCACGUCAGCGACUUCAACUCGGUAUCGAUCUAGGUCAAGGUCGUUUCGGCAAGGUCAUGAUGGCGCGUGCUUUGAAUGUCUCUGGUAUUGGAAAAUGGGAAAUGGUUGCUGUAAAAACAUGUAGAGACAGCGCAUCUGACUUAGAAAAGGAGGACCUAUACCAAGAGCUGGAGAUCAUGAGGAGUAUUGACAAACAUCCAAACAUUGUCAGCUACCUCGGAUGUUGUACUAAACAAGAUCCCUUGUAUAUACUUAUGGAGUAUGUCCCCGGUGGCAACCUCCAGACCCAGCUCCGGAAGUGCCGCCCAAGUCACCUGGCCACCACGAGUGAAGAGGUCACUACACCAACUGUCAAGGAGCUUGAGACACACGCCCUCCAUAUUGCUAAGGGAAUGGUGUAUCUUUCCUCGAUUGGGAUCAUCCAUCGAGACCUAGCGGCGAGGAAUAUUUUAGUGGGCCCAAACAGAGUAUGCAAGAUCUGUGAUUUUGGUCUGGCGAGGGAUGUGGAGGGCUCGGAUAUGUAUGAGCGUACAUCUAAGGGCCCUUCUCCUAUCCGAUGGAUGGCGCCCGAGUCUCUGUCAGACCAGUGUUUCACUCGGAAGAGCGACGUCUGGUCGUUCGGAGUUCUCUUCUGGGAGAUCGUUACCUUAGGUGCAACGCCCUACCCUGGUAUGACGGCAAGGGAGGUAAUUAAGACAGUGCUAAUCGGGAAAUGGUUACAGCGUCCCCUUCACUGUAAACAAGAGUUGUAUAGCAUGAUGACCAGAUGUUGGGAUAUGGAACCAAAGGAAAGACCCAGUUUCAGUGAAAUCGCCAAAGAGUUGGAGGUUUUCAUCGAGUGUGAAACGGACAACAUUACGUUAGACGAACUAGAAGAGUCUCAGUAUGGUGUCCUUGAUCCCAACAUGGUGGAUGAGCGAGUGUAAACUCUCCCAUUAAAAUGAUAAACAUGUAUGUAUCGACAUGGACGAUAUUCGUGAUUAAACAAUCCUACGAUCAUGGUGGACGAGCGAGUGUUAGUACUCUCGUAAAACAUGGUGAAUAAUGGAGUGUAAAUACUCCCAUAAACAUGAUAUUCAUGUAAAUAUAAACAUGGUAGACGUGGGUGUAAAUGUCCAUUUCAAAUAGUGGACGAGUGAAUGUAAACAUUCUC